ACACACACACACACCACGCAUGCAUGCACAAGAGAGACAGAGAUAGAGUAAAAUAAAACAACUCUACGAAGGAGUGGGAGUGAGGUACCAGGUACAGAACACAGAAGACACCUGCCCAGGAGCAACUGCCACUCCUAACCUCUCUGUUCCUGAAGCGGGUGUCAAGCCACGAGAAAGAGUCCAAUCAGCUGCGGAGGAUGCUAUCAAAGCGGUGGGGUGACUUCUUCAUAUUAGGAUAUUAGGAAGUGGUGGAUCUGAUUUAAAGCCAGCUUUGUUUUUGAGUCUCUGCCCUCGCUGUGCCCUGGGAGAAACCACUUCCUCUCCGGAGUAACACAUAAACGGUCGCGGCUUCUACGAGUCCGUGCAUCCCUCCUGUAGUGGGGACCGUCCCAAUUCGAGAACCUUUUAAUUCAAGGUUUACUGAUCUCCAGCAAUCCCUUCCAGCCCUACGCCCCACACAAAGAUGGCAGAUCCGCCGUCAUUCGGGGCUCGGAACCGGAUCCGAUGCCAGGUUUCCGUGGCAGCACGUCCCGCUCGCUCUAGUGCUGACGCGGAUUGGCGUCCCGCGCUUGCGCGGAGAGAGGCCCCAUGAGGGCGGCGCCUGCGCACUGCGCGUCUGCGAGGCACAGUCAAGACAGUUGUGCGAGCGCAGAUCGUAGAGACCUGCGGUGGUUUGAGGGGUGGCAAGCCCGCGGGGCUGAGCGGGGUCCUCAGCCUUCCCGGCGACGGCGGCACCGAGCUCGGCAGCAGUGAAAGGCGGGGCGCGGCAUGUCCUGGGUUCCGCGGCACCGGCAGUGAACGCGCGUGCGGGAUGGGCCGGCGCCGGGGUGUGGAGCUCUACCGGGCCCCGUUCCCGUUGUACGCGCUCCGGGUGGACCCCAAGACCGGGCUGCUCAUCGCUGCGGGCGGAGGAGGCGCCGCCAAGACCGGCAUAAAGAAUGGCGUGCACUUUCUGCAGCUAGAGCAAAUCAAUGGGUGUCUGAGCGCCUCCUUGCUGCACUCUCAUGACACGGAGACACGGGCCACUAUGAACCUGGCACUGGCUGGUGACAUCCUUGCUGCUGGACAGGAUGCCCAGUGUCAGCUUCUGCGUUUCCAGGUCCAUCAACAGAAGAGCAAUAAAGCCGAGAAGUCAGGUUCCAAGGAGCAGGGACCUCGACAGAGGAAGGGGGCCGCCCCGGCGGAGAAGAAGCCAGCAGCAGAAGCUCACCGCGAGGGGGUUGAACUCAAAGUAAAGAAUUUGGAGGCAGUACAGACAGACUUCAGCACUGAACCCCUGCAGAAAGUUGUGCGCUUCAACCACGACAAUACCCUGCUCGCCACGGGAGGGACCGAUGGCCACGUCCGUGUCUGGAAGGUACCCAGCCUGGAGAAAGUUCUGGAUUUCAAAGCACAUGAAGGGGAGAUUGGAGAUUUGGUGUUGGGUCCUGAUGGCAAGCUGGUCACUGUGGGCUGGGACCUGAAGGCCUCCGUGUGGCAGAAAGGUCAACUAGUGACACAGUUGCAUUGGCAAGAGAAUGGACCCACCUCUUCUAGCACGCCCUACCGCUACCAGGCCUGCAGAUUUGGGCAGGUUCCAGAUCAGCCUGGCGGGCUGCGACUCUUCACAGUGCAGAUCCCCCACAAGCGCCUGCGUCAGCCCCCGCCCUGCUACCUCACAGCCUGGGACAGUUCCUCCUACUUGCCGCUUCGGACCAGGUCCUGUGGCCAUGAAGUCAUCUCCUGCCUCAGUGUCAGUGAAUCGGGUACCUUCCUAGGCCUAGGCACGGUCACUGGCUCUGUCGCCAUCUACAUAGCUUUCUCUCUCCAGCGCCUCUAUUAUGUGAAGGAGGCCCAUGGCAUUGUGGUGACAGAUGUGGCCUUUCUACCUGAGAAGGGCCGCGGUCCAGAGCUUCUUGGGCCCCAUGAAACUGCUCUUUUCUCUGUGGCUGUGGAUAGUCGCUGUCAGCUGCAUCUGCUGCCCUCACGGCGGAGUGUUCCUGUGUGGCUACUGCUCCUGAUGUGUGUCGGCCUUAUUAUUGUGACCAUCCUGCUGCUCCAGAGUGCCUUUCCAGGUUUCCUUUAGCCUCGCUGACCAGUGGGAAUCAGGCUUGGACACUGCCGCCUCCCAGAGCAGAAUCACUGAGGUCCCCAGCUGAGGCUGCCUCCGACGAGACUGAUGGGGACCGCCUGUCCCUCAGCUAAAGCUUGC